AUGCUAAAGAAAUCUGUGGACACAAAAUAAUUUGCUAAUAUUUGUGAACAAAAUACUAAAUUGUGUCCACAAGUAAUUAUUUGAGAGAAGAAUCUUAGUUUUUUAACGUCAUGUCCAGGGUUCACUAAUUCUGCAAUAACUAAUGCCAAUGCCAUUUAUUGUAUGUUCAAUUUCACUCUAAAGGAAUAAGACCCAUUUGAAAAUGUUCAGAUGUAAUUGCUAUUAUCAUUAAUAUCGCUUAUUGUUGUUUUUUUUUAACAUGUAUUAUGAUGUUUCUUUUGUUUGUAUUAUAUUUUUCUUAUCUGUAAUAGAACGUUUGCUCUAUCAAAUACUUUUGCUUUUCAAGCGCUUGUGCAGUACUGUCAUUGGCCAGUAGAUGUCCCUCCAAGCCAAGAAAUUAUAUUCCUGAACUUCAUCAAUAAGUUGAAUUUGAAAUUUGUUUUUAAUUAUCGCGACGACAAGUUGGUUUUACUUCAAUAAAGAGGGAAGACACCAAAAAUAGAAUGUAAAUGUAAUUAAAAUGCUAGCAUCAGUGAGAAACUGUCCUGUCAGGUUGAGGAAUAUUUGUGCAGAAAUGCUGCAGAGAGCCUCAGUGGGAGGGAUUCCUGCUGCAGGAAAUCAAGGUAGCGUGUGGAGCGCAGAGGUUCAACUUUUUCAGUCUUCCAGACUGGAGCGCAUCACCACCUGAUGUUCAUCCUCCACUGCGCCUGAAACCUGAAGCAUGGGGAUUUAUUAAAUACUAGGCCACAAUAAAGGCACCUUAGUAACUAUCUGUUGGUUUGAUAAUAAGUGAGUUUUUAGGAAAUGGCCCUGACUUUCCGGCGCAGAUGUCUCCUCUUUCUUUGCUUGACAGCUAUCCAAAGUGGACAGGCCACCAUUCAGAGCUGCGUAGACAAGCAUCAGGUGGUCGGGAUGCUUCGCCAAAUGGAAAAGCUCUUGAAAAUCCAGGAGCUGCGGUUCACAGAAAGCAUCCGGAUCAUGAAAUCAAAGCUGGCCAGCCUGCAGAACUCGGUCUCCAGGUUACCUCAGGCUGACCAGUCAGCUGCUCCCACCACCUGCCCCUCCCUGGAAGCCCCCGCUCACGGGGCAAAGUUUGGAUCAAAGUAUUUUGUCGGACACGAGGUCCAUUUCACUUGCCCUCAGGGUUACCAUCUGGUGGGUUCUGCUACACGGGUUUGCCGGGACAACGGCACCUGGUCCGGUGUCGGCGCAGUCUGCAAAGACGUUCGCGAGUGUGCGAGCAAUCCGUGUCAGAACGGAGGUACCUGUGUGGAAGGUGUGAACCACUACAGAUGCACCUGCCCUCAAAGCUGGAGUGGCUCUCAUUGCCAGCACCAAACACAGACAGCACCGCCCGAGUGGAGCGUCAUGAAUGACCCGGCGUUCAGCCGGAGACCUCGCUGUGCCCAGGUGAACCAAGCCCAGCACUGCAGCUGCGAUGCUGGCUUCCACAUGAGUGGCACCUCCGACAACAGCAUCUGUCAGGAUGUAAAUGAGUGUGAGGUGUACCGCCUGGACCAAGGAGGGAAACUGUGUGUCCAUGAGUGUGUGAAUGUCCCAGGCUCGUACCGCUGCUCCUGCCCCAGUGGCUACAAGCUACUUCGAGAUGGGCGGAGCUGUGAAGAUGUGGAUGAGUGUUUGAGCCAGAAGCACAACUGCAGCCGAGGGACAACAUGUAUCAACACAGGAGGCGGCUAUCAGUGCGUGAACCCGGAGUGUCCCCAAUCGCACGGCAACGUCACCUACGUCAAGACAUCUUCCUUUCAGUGUGAGAGAAAUCCCUGCCCCAUGGACAGCCGCUCCUGCCACCUGGCUCCUAAGACCGUGUCCUUCCACUACCUGUCCCUGCCCUCCAACCUGCAGAUUCCUGCAACCCUUUUCCGCAUGGCGACCGCCGGCGCCCCCGGCCGCCCAGGGCCCGACAGCUUGCGCUUUGGCAUAGCGGGCGGGAACUCGCGGGGCAUCUUCAUCAUGCAGCGCUCAGACAGGCAGACAGGUGAGCUGAUCCUGGUGCAGCCGCUGCGCGGGCCUCAGGAGAUCAGCGUGGACGUGGACAUGUCUGAAUACACAGACCGCACCUUUCAGGCCAAGCAUGUGGCCAGGAUCCACAUUCUGGUUACACCUUACAAUUUCUGACCACAAAAUUGGAGUUGACACUGAAACCUGGAGGAGGAGCUACGAAGAGCGCAUAAUGAGCACAGUCCAACAGAAAAAAUAAAUAGUUAGAUCCUGGUUUGUGUAUGAUGUAUCUCGCUAAAGAGGCUGACACAAUAUUAAUGCAUCACAAUGACAUUAGUGCUCACAAAGCUCUAACUUAUUGCAAGGUUUGCCACGGUCUACGUAUAUUUUUGAUCAUAUUCUGUAUAUUUGUUUUUUAUUAACAUGCUUGGCUUAUUUGAGGCUCCACUCCUUGGAUGAAAGGAGUCUCUUUCCAUGUUUAUUCUCCUUCACAUUACCUGUUCUUGAUGUUAUUCAGACUUUACUGAAUUUCAGACAGAAAUAAAGUCAGUUCCGUAUAGUUAGAGGCUGCUAUGGUGAUGCUCAU